AUGGUCGGCAAGCCUCUCGCCACCGUGUGCUACUGUUUUUCCAUGUGCAUCACGCUGCUGGGUGCUUGCCGCGUCUGGAGGAUCCAACAUGCCAUGUUUCUUGGGAAGACGUUGUCCGGAGGGUUUGAGAUCAUGACGAUCGCAGUGGGCUUCCUAGCGCUCAGCGUCGUCUUCUUCGGCUUCCUUAUUGCGCUCGACGUCGUCAAAGAAUCUUCAGGGUGA